AUGGACAUCAUCCAGCUGCAGAGGGAGACCAAGGAGCUGAGGCGGCGCCUCCAGCAGAUGGAGCUAAGUGAGGACCGGCGGCAGCAGGAGGAGCGGCGGACGUCUCUCAUCUUCUCUGGACCGGCGAUAAAGACGCUGACUCGCCGGGAGGACGCCGCAAACCUGAUUCGGUCCCGGGUGCAGCAGCACCUGAGGCACUCACUGGACUCUUCUCAGGUGAAAGCCAUGAUCCGGCUGAAGAAUGACCCCGAGGCGGUGCGUCAGUUGGCGGAGACGAGUGCCCCUCCCCGCCCCACCCAGGGUCGCGCUCCGGCCUCGGAGAGAGGUCGGCUGGACCCAGCCACGGAGAGAGAGGAGGAGAGGAGCGCCCUGGAGAGAGGACGCACUCCGUCGGACCUCGGCGGUGUGAUGGAGCUGGAGACCCGGCGUUCGGGCGGAGCCGUUGACUCUACUGCUCCCGUCUCCUGUUCGGUGCCUGCCGGCGCCGACGUCGUGGCGGGCCGUGGCGGCUCGACUUCAUCAUCGCUGCUGGACUGUGCCCGGGUGACGCCCACCAGUCUGGUGCGGCUUUCGCCGCCCCUGGAGCCGGUAUCACCGGCUGACGCCGCCGCUGCGGCUGACCGGUCGGCGGACGGCGGCGAUCGCGGGCUCGCCGGGGCUCGGGAUGUUUCGGUGUCUCCUGGUGUCCGCCCCGCGGCCGCCCGCCCUGCCGGGACUGAUGAUCUGGAGACGCCCAUGGACGUGACGUCAGGGGCUGCCCCGCCGCCGAUGACAGCUCGGGCGUCCGGCGGGAGCAGUCAACAGGAUGAGGCGACGACUGCGAUGGUCCGAUCGCCCUGUCUCCGUGUUCUUCUGGGGCUGCUGAUGCUGCUGACGCUCGCCAGUCGGAGCUCCGCCUUCCCCGGCUUCUAUACCAUUCCAGACGAGGACGGCGCUUCCAAACGAGGUAACCUGCACAGCUCGCUGUCACAUGACUGA